GUGACCCAUACCCAACUCUAUCUAUGCUAACUACAAUUCCUACAUGCAAAAGUGCAUAAACAUUACUUAGAAUACAAUUUCCCCAAUUCCCCAAUAAAAACCAUCGCUUGGAUACCAAGUCUCUGUAAUCUAUCACCAUUAUUAUUAUCAUUACUUCUCACUUCCCAACCAUCUCCACUGUCGUUGACCCAUCAGAACUACUCUCUCUCUCUCUCUCAGAGAAAGGAGGCGUUUCUUUCGGCCUUGAAUUCUCAUCGGUUUUCACUGUUCAGCAAGUGAAAAAAAAAAAAAAAUGGCGGAAGAAAAGGAAUCGACUUCAGUUCCUCUGAGUCAAGCUGCUAAUGGUGGUGAAGAUCCAGAGGAUCCAGCAAAGUCUCCUCCUUCCUCUCCCAACUCUUCCACUCGCAAGGCAUGCUGUUUUGUUCUUCAGAGUUGGGUUUCAAAGAAAUUUAUGACUGGAUGUGUGGUUCUUUUUCCAGUUGCAGUUACAUUUUUUAUUACAUGGUGGUUUAUUCAAUUUGUUGAUGGUUUCUUCAGUCCAAUAUACGACCAGCUUGGUUUUGACAUAUUUGGACUUGGGUUUAUCACAUCUUUACUCUUUGUAUUCCUUGUUGGUGUUUUUGUUUCGUCAUGGAUUGGUGGUACUGUUUUCUCAAUUGGAGAAUGGCUUAUAAAGCGAAUGCCUUUCAUUAGGCAUAUAUACUCAGCCUCCAAACAAAUUAGUUCUGCGAUUUCUCCAGACCAAAAUACCACGGCUUUCAAAGAGGUUGCAAUUAUCCGUCAUCCACGUGUUGGUGAAUAUGCCUUUGGUUUUAUCACAUCAACUGUCAUCCUUCAGAGAGAUAAUGAAGAUGAAGAAUUAUGUAGUGUCUUUGUCCCAACAAAUCAUCUAUAUAUUGGUGAUAUACUUCUAGUUAACUCCAAUGAAAUCAUCAGACCAAAUCUUUCUAUCCGAGAAGGCAUAGAGAUCAUUGUUUCUGGGGGUAUGACAAUGCCACAAACAAUUUCUCCUUUGGAAAGGGGUGCUCGACAGAAUGACAGAAUCCCUUUGAAUAGAAUAACCUAAUGACAUCAGAGAAGAGGCAUGCCUGUUGAAAUUGUAAUUACUUUGAAAUCCAAGAACUGUGUGCAAGCAUAAUAGUGACGUUUGAUGAUGGGGAUGAUGCGAUUAUGUUCGUUUGUAGCAGCAGGUUUUAGGAUGAGCUCUUAUGGUUGCUUUAUUUUGUAUUCUUUUAGGUCAAAAAAUUUAUUUUUUAGUUACAAGUCUACUUGGGCAUCUUUGUUGGUGCAUGUGUAUACAAUGUUUAGUACUGUCUGGUCUGUUACAUCUUUGGUCACAAAGGAGGAAAGUUGCCAAUAUAUUUUAGUUAUUGCA